GAGAUGAAUUUCUUUUUCGUUUCGUUUCAUUUUUAUUUUGUAUUUUUUGGUAUUUUGGUUUGCAACUGCCACACGCAGAUGCCGUAAGCAGCAAUAAUAACAUGUGCGAGCCCACACGCAAUCUUUUCCCUCUCUCUCCACAUUUCUUCUUCUUCUCCUCCUCCGACACGACCUCCGUCUCUCACCAUUCACAUAUCGCCUCUCUUUCUCUCAUCAGGUGAAGAAGGUCUUUCUCUUUGCGCGUGUCCCGUUCUCUUCUCCAAUCCUCCACAGAACAUAAAACCCCCAAUUUCUCUUCACCAUUCGCACCCCGAAGAUUGAUUCAAUGGAGGUCAAGCUUUGGAACGACAAGCGCGAGAGAGAAAUGUACGACAAUUUUGCAGAGCUCUACGCCAUUAUAAAGGCUACCGAAAAGCUCGAAAAGGCUUACAUCCGUGACAUCAUUUCCUCCUCCGAUUACGAGGCCGAAUGCUUCAAACUCAUCGCACAUUUCAAGACCCUCGCCUCGACACUCAAAGACACAGUCCCGAGUAUUGAACGUUUUGCUGAUACUUACAAAAUGGACUGUCCGGCGGCGAUCAACCGUCUUGUGAUAACUGGGGUACCUGCCACGGUGGAGCACAGGGCGGCCGCCGCUGCUUCCGCCACUACCUCCGCUGCUAUUGUGGCGGAGUGUGUGCAGAACUUUAUUACGGCUAUGGAUUCGUUAAAAUUGAACAUGGUAGCGGUUGAUCAAGUGCACCCCUUGCUCUCGGAUCUCUCUGCUUCAUUGAACAAAUUGACCAUUCUGCCCCCGGAUUUUGAAGGGAAAACAAAGAUGAAAGAGUGGCUUGGACGACUUUCGAAAAUGGGUGCCGCGGAUGAGUUAACAGAGCAGCAGGCUCGGCAGCUUCACUUCGAUCUUGAAUCUUCUUAUAAUUCAUUCAUGGCGGCUUUGCCUACUGCUGGUACUUGAUUGUUAAUGGUAAUCUUGUGUGUAUAUAGAUACAAGAGCUUAUUGUUUUUGUCGUACUGCAUAAGUUCUCUUUCUUCAUAAAUCAAGAUGGGCUGUGCUCUUUUCCCCCUUUAAUUAUGGAUGCCUGUUGAAGAAGAUGGAGCUUUUUUUUCCCUCUUUAAAUUAUCACAUUCAGUUUAAGAAGGCUCUUGAAUUUCUAUUGUUGGUUUAGAUUGUUUCUGAAUCUUGUAUUUAAUUCUGAAAAUGUGCUUUGGAACUUGUUCAAAGUAAGAUUAUGGGUUCGGUUUGGAUUGGGAUGCCUGAACCCAUGAUUCUAUGGUCAUUGGUAGGUCUGUUCUAUUAGGCUCUUACUUUCAAACUCAUGGGUUUGUAUAGUUCUUUAUUGAGAAACCUACUUGGCUACUCAUUUCACCAAAUUAUUGUUUGGAAACUGGUUCUGAAUUGUGCAUGUGA